GUAAACAACAGAAGGCUAGUAACGUUAGCUACCAGGGUUCCUCCUGUUCACCGUCGGUUAGAAAGCGGGUUCUGCUGUGUGAGCUGAACGUUUCAGCGUCUGCAGUAACAAUAUCUUCAGUUCUUCAUCAGAGCGACUUGCUGCUGCUGAAAUAUUCAACAGCGACUUUUAGGAGGAAGAGAUCGAUCAUCAGCUCAGACUGCUGGAUACCAGCUGGAAAACCCAAAUCAUCUCGGAACCUCCGGGUCUGUAAACUGUACGGUUCUGAAUGAACUGAUACUGGAAUACAGAGAAUACGUUCAGGGAACUAGUUGAUACCGCGGAUGAUCAUUUGGUUGGGGUGGCUGAUCUAGGGCAGCCCGCCCUGUUUAGGUCGACGGAACCUUGAUAUACAAGGACUUCUACAGCAUCAUGUCUGUUACUACGUGGAAGGUUGUUGCGGAUCACUUUCUCAUAAAUGAAGAAAGGAACUCAACUCUUGAUCAAAAGAUAUUAGACACUGUAGAUUUAAACGAGGAACACGAGGAAUCAGAACUACAACAGAUCAAUGAAAUGAAAGAGGAACCAGAACCUCAAUCUAUUAAUGAAAAACAGGAUAAAAAGCCACUUUUAGUGAAGCAGGAGACCAACGCCUCUACAGUGAGUACUGAUGAUGAGCAAAUAUUCCACAAUGUACCGGAGGUGAAGGUGGUCCAGAUUAAGGAGGAACAGAAGCAAAUCUUCAAGGAUCUGGAUGGACAUUUUGUAAUAAAGCAGGAGAGUGACACCUUAAAGUUGUCUCCUCCAUCUGAGAAAAUCUUCCACCAAGAACCAGAACUUGGAAAUACCGAACUGGAGGAGCCAAAGCAGAUCAUUGAGGUGAAAGAGGAAGCUUGGCAAGUAAAAGAUGAACAAGUUGAACUCUGCGUCUUUCAGGAUGUAGGGGAAGUUUUGGUGAAAAAGGAUGCUAGUCGCUGUACUCAGACUCCUCCUGUAGAUCAAAAAGACUCCAGUGAAACAGUUAAGAAUCAUCUACCAUUUUCUACACCCCCUGAAGCUGAACACCAACAACAGCAAGUAAUCAAUCAUCAAGGCUCCAGAUCAAAUGAUAAGAGAAAGCUGAAGGAGAAAAGACACAAAAAAUACAGAAAACAAGGUGACAAUGUGGACAACACUAAGCUAAAGAGACAUAAAAAGAAAUUACCUUUAUGUGACGUAUGUGGAAAAUGUUUCACUACUCGACAAAUCCUAACUGUGCAUAUGAGGACUCAUACAGGAGAGAAGCCUUUUGCUUGCAAACUAUGUGAUAAAUCUUUCAUUAACAGCAGUAAUUUGAUUUGUCACAUGCGAACGCACACAGGUGAGAAGCCUUUCUCCUGUGGGACCUGUGGGAAAGGUUUCCCCAGGCAACCUGCCCUGACUGCACACAUGAGAACUCACACAGGUGAGAAGCCAUAUCCCUGUGAGUUGUGUGAAAAAGCCUAUCGAGAUCGUAGUAAUUUGGUACGACACAUGAGAACGCAUACAGGUGAGAAACCUUAUUCCUGUAAAGUUUGUGGUAAAUCCUACAGUGGCAGUAGUCAGUUGGCUUAUCACAUAACGACUCACACGGGUGAGAAACCUUUCUCAUGUCUGAAUUGUGGAAAAGCUUUCAACAAGCAAAGCACCUUGACAGUCCACAUGAGAACUCACACAGGUGAGAAACCGUACUCUUGUGACAUGUGUGAAAAAUCUUUUCGAGAGAAUAACGAUUUGACUUGUCACAUGAGGACUCACACGGGUGAAAAGCCGUAUUCUUGCGAAUUGUGUGAGAAAUCUUUCAGAUGGAGAAAUGUUCUCAAUCGACACAUGAGAACUCACAGAUAAGACGCAAUCUUGUCAUGAAUUAUGUGAUGAAUUCUUUGCUGUCAAAUGCACAUUGACUUAACACAGUAUAUAUCAUCAGAUAUUUUACUAAACUGGUAAAAAUACUAUUUGUUACUUAAAAUCAGAAUCAUUUCAGAAUCAGAAUGCUUUUAUUUUUAUAACUUAUUUUGCAAAUAGUCCAACCUCUAUAUUUUGAGUUGCAGAACCAUCUAUUGGUCAAGAAAAGAAUAAUUUUGAAUGAUCAAGCCUCUUGUAAACGCACUUGAGUAGAUUUCAAACUAAAACAUGGCCUUCAAUCCAGAAAACUAUGUGACAGAACGAAUCCAAGCAUUUUCCACUGUAAGCCCCUAAUAAACAUUUUCUCCACAUUUGUGCUCUUCCAGUAAUAUCUUAUAAUAAUUAUAUCAAUAAUGCCAUUGUUGGUAUUUGUUGCUCAUUUUAUCAUAGCCAAUUACAUAGUUUUACAUAUUUGGAUGAAUUUAAAAGUGAUCAUGGAUCUCUGUUUUGUGCAAUAAUUAUUUUCACAUCAGUAACAAUUUCCCAGUAAAACCAGCAGGUGUCGCCAGCGCUCAGCUGUCAGAUGAUUCUACGGUCAGUUCUCUUGUAUUUGCGUGCAGCUGUUGCACAUGAUCCUCAAACUGCUCCUAUUGAUUUAUUUUGUUCAUAGAACCUUUAUUUCUUGCUUUUUCCUCAUCAAGCUUGGAAUAAAUCUGUUUCUGCUUAAUCUAUGAUGUGGUUUCUGUUUACAGAGUCACUGGUUCACUGAUUUCUGUGUUUUUAUUUGACCUUUAUAAUCUGUCCUGUUGUUAUCGGGCAGGACCGAUUAUGAAGAUCUUGUGUUGUUUCCAGAUAUCUUUUAAUAUCUUAUUUCUUACAGAUUGAGUUUUCUAAGUUGUUUUGUUACUUGCAAGUUAUUUAAACAUUUUAAU